AUGACAACAACACUACCCUUGAGGCGUUCGAAACGCAAACAGAACGAGCAAGCUGCCGCUGCGUUGAUCCCGAACACCACCAGGGACAUUGCGCCACCACCCCGGAAGCGCGCCCGUAAAGCCAAUAUACCCCCUAACGCGGAACCUUGUAUCCCGAAGCAUGAGCAUGAAAAAGUCAAUGAAGCCAUCACGGACACCAAACCCGUACGGUCACAGCAAUACGACACCCUGCCUCCAUUCCUUGCGCUUCCAAGGGAGCUGAGGGAUGAGAUCUACAAGCACGUUCUAGAACAAGACGAAUCAUCAACGCUCAAAGCCGGGCGCGGCAACAACAUCGUUACACGAUGCGGCCUCGUAGGGGUCAACAACCAAAUCUCGGAGGAGUUCCUGGAUGCGGUUCUCUUCCACGCUCACGUCAUCACGGCCACCGUCCGCAAUCACAACUUUGCCCAUGUCGUCACGUUCCUGAAUCGCUUGUCCCAGGCACAGCUAGCGAGGCUAAGCGCUCACGGACCUACUGCCGAUGAGGUAGACGACGACAGAAAACCAAAGCGCAAGAUCCGAAUCAUUCUUUCUUAUUCAGCAGGCGCAAAAGAUAGUCGCGCGCAUCUCAAUCGCUGGCUGGACAGGUUUGACGCGCCAGACAAACGCGGCAAAGAGAUCGAGUUCGAGUAUCAUAAUGACGGGACGUAUCGAAAUGGUGGCUACAAGCAGAGACCCAGAACACGCGGCAAUGCAAGUAAAAGGUGGAAUGAGGAAGCGGCCAAGAUCGGAAGGGGUGCUGCCAGAGGCAGAGCGUGGGGCGGAUGGGGUGGUUAUGGUGGAUACGGUCGUUAUUAG